UAGCUCAUGCAUUGAAAAUCUAAAUUAUGUUUAGAAGACCGCGUAAUUACGAAUGCUUACGUGUCAAAUUAUGUACCAUGAUUUCGCCAAGAUUUCAAGAACUGAUUUACUCGAGAGUUCAUUUGUGUAUACAAUCCGUUAUGUUAAGUUUGGCGCGCUCGUCAUUACAACAGUUAAUUUAGAAUUUUGUGGGAUCCCUUAAAAAAAAACAAGCUGCGACCUGCUGUCUAGAACGCAAGCUGACACUUCAGCUCUGAAACUUCACGUUGUUUUCCUCACUGUUAUUAUAAAUUCGUAAACUAUUAAUGCAUGAGCUUGAUGAAUAACAAUGCAGAACCAUUCGGAAAAAGUUAGAGUGGAAAUAAAUUGAAAUUGACUAGAGAAAAUUUAUGUUGCCUAAAAAAUAUGUUGCCUAAAUGCAUUUUUGAUUUAUGCCGUUAGACAGACACUUGCAAUAUGACUGAUCGAAUUCGAGAUAUCUGUGUCGGCGAGACGUUGAUAAGCUCUGACAAAUAUUAGUCACAGUGAGAGCUGAAAAAAGCUGGGAGCGGUAAGGGAAAAGAUUGAGGGCUAAAGAAUAGAUUAGUAUGCCACAUUGCACAGUUCCAUUGCAGUGCACAAAAAUGUUGUAUUUUGCUCUCGAUUGGUCUGCCACAAGUUUUACAACAGCAGUCCUUAUGUGAAGACUUCUUGGAUUACAUUUAACAACAUAAUUUUUGGAGAUAGGUCUGUGAAUUUGCUAGUCUGCAAAAGAUGAAUAGAGUGCCAUCUUGUCUUGGCAAUAAUGCAUUUUGGUGAAAUUGUGCAAUCCAUAUGCCAUCAAUUGCAGUAUGAAAUUGCUCAUGAUCUACAAAUGAAAGAUGUGUUAGGACCAACAGCAUUUGCUCCAGUCAAAUCAGACAUCAAUGGUAACAUAAAAAAACUACGAGAAAAGUUUGCCAAAGACCCAGAAAAGUUUAAAACUUUACAAGACAUUGUAGAAAGUGAAAUUGUAGAAAACUCUACCAAAGUAAAAAACUCAGCCACUGAUGCCUUGUUAUGGUUGAAAAGGGCACUCCAAUUUAUCAUAGUUUUUCUGAGAGAGGUUCUCACUGAUGAGGAAGAUCUUGUGAAGUGUGCCAAAAAGGCAUAUGAGAACUCUUUGAAAAGAUAUCAUGGGUGGAUGGUUCAGGGAGUUUUCUCACUUGCCAUGAAGGCUGUGCCCUACCGUAAAGACUUCAUAGACAAGCUUGGUCGCAGGAAAGUAGAUGAAGAAACUGUGUUGAAGGAGAUGAAAGAGUGUGUUGAUCUCUUGGAGGCAAAUAUAGAAGUUGUGGAACAAUUUUAUCAAAAAAAUGACUUGGACAGUUCUAAGGUAGUAUAAGAAGAGAUUAGAAUGUAGGGUAAAUAUGGACUGGUUAAUUUGAAUUUGAGUUGCUCAAGGAAUUUAUAGUAUAGUUGAGGGAUAAAAGGUAUGGACAAGCCAUUAAAGGAAAUUUUAACUAAGGCUUCAGUUUAAGGGGAUCAAUGGACAUCCAGUUUUCUUCUUAAGAAUAAGUAUGUUAUUGUAAGUUGAAUUAAUCUUUUCUAGUUUUAGCUCUAAGCCUUCUGACACUGAUCACAAAAAAAUCGAUGUUGAAAGAAAACAGCUGGCUUUAUUGGAGAUAGGUUAGAAGGCAGUUCUAUGUAUUUCUAUUCAAAAAGUUAACUUUUCUUUCAAUAGCUGACCCUCUUAUGUAAAAGUGCAAUUGCUGAGAUCUCUUUUACCUAGUAAAUAAUUAGUGCAAUAGCUAUAGUUUAUAUCCCACUGGUAUUCAUCUAUUCUCUCUUAUUUAAAACUGGCCAUUGAUUAUAUUGUGGCAAGGGGGAGCAUUCAGUUGUGGCAUGGAUGUAUAGGGCAGUAUUCUAACAAGGAUGGUGGUAAGGGGAUGUUAUUGUUCAAAUACUGAAAAUUAUUGUAAGGACACUUAAAAUUUGCUUCUUAAAUUAAGAUAAGCAAAAAUUAUUUAUGUCUGAACUGAUCAAAAUAAACAAUGUUAAUGGGACAGUUUGUAGCUUGAA